GAUCAUCGUCGCAAAGGAGAGAGAGCAUGCCAUCGACAUGCGCCGGGACGAAGUUGGUGACAGUAAAGAGAGCGCGAACGGAGUCGAGGAGGAGAAAAAAGUUGGUCCAGAAGCAGUUGAAGUUAAAAGGAGUCGAAGAGUAGCAGCUUUGGAUGCGUUUAGAGGGCUCACUAUUGUUUUGAUGAUAUUGGUUGAUGAUGCGGGUGGGGCGUACGAGCGAAUUGAUCAUUCGCCGUGGAACGGAUGCACACUUGCAGAUUUCGUCAUGCCUUUCUUCCUCUUCAUUGUCGGAGUCGCCAUUGCUCUCGCUUUUAAGAGGGUCCCAAAACUUAGUGAUGCAGUUAAAAAGAUCCUCCUCAGAACACUCAAGCUCCUCUUCUGGGGCUUACUCCUCCAAGGUGGGUACUCCCAUGCUCCUGAUGACCUCUCCUAUGGAGUUGAUAUGAAGAAAAUCAGAUGGUGUGGCAUCCUCCAGAGAAUAGCAUUGGUUUACUUGGUGGUGGCUCUUAUAGAGGCUUUAACAAGAAAAGUCCGGCCGACCGUCGUCGCCUCGGGCCCUAUUGCGAUAUUCGAUGCGUAUCGCUGGCAAUGGAUUGGUGGGUUCGUUGCAUUUGUCGUAUACAUGGUCACCACAUUCUCGCUCUAUGUUCCAGAUUGGAGCUACGUUUUCCAUAGUGAUGGGGAUGUGAAUGAUGGGAAAAGAUUUACGGUCAAGUGUGGUGUUAGAGGGCAUUUCGAUCCUGCUUGCAAUGCAGUUGGCUAUGUGGAUAGGCAAGUAUGGGGGAUAAACCAUCUCUAUACUCAACCAGUUUGGAUAAGAUCCAAGGAUUGUACGGAUAGUUCACCAAACAUGGGCCUGCUCCGGGUGGAUGCUGCUAGUUGGUGUCUCGCUCCGUUUGAACCUGAAGGCUUGUUGAGCUCAGUGUCAGCGAUUCUUUCAGGAACCAUCGGAAUCCACUAUGGACAUGUGCUGAUUCACUUCAAGAGUCAUUCGGAGAGGCUUAAACAUUGGAUGAUAAUGGCGCUUUCUCUCUUAAUUUGCGCCGUCAUCCUUCAUUCUACCAAUGCCAUUCCUCUAAAUAAGCAACUCUACAGUUUUAGUUAUGUUUGUUUCACGGCUGGGGCAGCAGGAAUCGUUCUCUCGGCAUUCUAUAUAUUGAUUGAUGUGUGGGGUCUUAGAAUGCCAUUCCUCUUUCUAGAGUGGAUCGGAAUGAAUGCGAUGCUUGUUUUUGUAAUGGCUGCUCAAGGUAUCUUUCCUGCAUUUGUCAAUGGGUGGUACUACGAAAAUCCUGAUCACUCUCUGGUCCACUGGAUCUUCAAGCAUAUUUUUGUUAAAGUGUGGCAUUCAGAGAGAUUGGGGACCCUUUUGUAUGUUAUAUUUGCGGAGAUUUUGUUUUGGGGAGUUGUUGCAGGAAUCUUGCAUAAACUGAAAAUCUACUGGAAACUUUGAAGAUGUAAGUUCAAGUUUGUUGGCAACGUUGUUAGAUGAUACGUGUAAUUCUCUGUUGAUGUUUCUGUUCUUUAUCCUGAUAAUAAUAUUAAAAUUCAUGUGAAAGA